AGGGAAUGGUUACUGGGGUGACUCCUGCGAAGUUACCGUUUAAUGGUGCCCAACCGUUUCCCCAUCUUGGGGCUGCUGGCUAUUGAAGAGGAAGGAGGCGAUCCAGAUAAUAUUGAAUUAACUGUUUCAACCGAUACUCCAAACAAGAAACCAACCAAAGGCAAAGGUAAAAAACAAGAAGCAGAUGAGUUGAGUGGAGAUGCUUCUGUAGAAGACGACACUUUUGUCAAGGACUGUGAAUUGGAGAAUCAAGAGGCACAUGAGCAAGAUGAAAGUGACGAAAUAAAGGAUUCUGAAGAAUUUGGUGAAAAUGAAGAAGAAAAUGUGCAUUCCAAGGAGUUACUUUCUGCUGAAGAGAACAAGAGAGCUCAUGAAUUAAUAGAGGCAGAAGCAGUAGAAGAUAUAGAAAAAGAGGACAUCGAAAGUCAGGAAAUUGAAGCUCAAGAAGGUGAAGAUGAUACCUUUCUAACAGCCCAAGAUGGUGAGGAAGAGGAAAAUGAAAAAGAAGGGCACCUAGCUGAAGCUGGUCACACAGCUCCCGAAGAGAUGGAAGCUAAUGCGCCUGUGAAAGAAGCAGAGGAUGACAACAUCUCGGUCACAAUCCAGGCUGAAGAUGCCAUCACUCUGGAUUUUGAUGGUGAUGAUCUCCUAGAAACAGGUAAAAAUGUGAAAAUUACAGAUUCUGAAGCAAGUAAGCCAAAAGAUGGGCAGGACGCCGUUGCACAGAGCCCGGAGAAGGAAACCAAGGAUUAUGAGAUGAAUGUGAACCAUAAAGAUGGUAAGAAGGAAGACUGCGUGAAGGGCGAUCCUGUCGAGAAGGAAGCCAGAGAAGGUUCUAAGAAAGCAGAAUCUGGAGACAAAGAAAAGGAUACUUUGAAGAAAGGGCCCUCGUCUACUGGGGCCUCUGGUCAAGCAAAGAGCUCUUCAAAGGAAUCUAAAGACAGCAAGACAUCAUCUAAAGAUGACAAAGGAAGUACAAGUAGUACUAGUGGUAGCAGUGGAGGCUCAACUAAAAAUAUCUGGGUUAGCGGACUUUCUUCUAAUACCAAAGCUGCUGAUUUGAAGAACCUCUUCGGCAAAUAUGGGAAGGUGCUAAGUGCCAAGGUGGUUACAAAUGCACGGAGUCCUGGGGCAAAAUGCUAUGGCAUCGUCACUAUGUCUUCGAGCACAGAGGUGUCCCGAUGCAUCGCACAUCUCCAUCGCACCGAACUGCAUGGACAGCUCAUUUCCGUGGAGAAAGUAAAAGGUGAUCCAUCUAAGAAAGAAAUGAAGAAAGAAAAUGAUGAAAAGAGUAGUUCAAGAAGUUCUGGAGAUAAAAAAAAUAUGAGUGAUAGAAGUAGCAAGACACAAACCUCUGUCAAGAAAGAAGAGAAAAGGUUAUCCGAAAAAUCUGAGAAAAAAGAAAGCAAGGAUAAUAAGAAAAUGGAAGGUAAAGAAGAGAAGAUUGACAGCGGAACAAGCGGCCAGACUUCAGAAUUGAUUAAAAAAACUGAAGAAAAAAAACGAAUAAGUUCUAAGAGUCCAGGACAUAUGGUAAUACUAGACCAAACUAAGGGAGAUCAUUGCAGGCCUUCGAGAAGAGGCAGGCAUGAGAAAAUCCACGGGAGGAGUAAGGAACCCGAGCGGGCGAGCCUGGACAGGAAGAGAGACAAGGACCACAGGAGGAAGGAGAUCUUGCCUUUUGAGAAGAUGAAGGAACAGAGAUUGAGAGAACAUCUAGUUCGUUUUGAAAGGCUGCGGCGAGCAAUGGAACUUCGGAGACGAAGAGAGAUUGCAGAAAGAGAGCGUCGAGAGCGAGAACGAUUUAGAAUAAUUCGUGAACGGGAAGAACGGGAACGCUUACAGAGAGAGAGAGAGCGCCUAGAAAUUGAAAGGCAGAAACUAGAGAGAGAGAGGAUGGAACGCGAACGCUUGGAAAGGGAACGCAUUCGUAUUGAACAGGAGCGGCGGAAGGAAGCUGAAAGGAUUGCUCGAGAACGAGAGGAACUCAGGAGGCAGCAGCAGCAGCUUCGUUAUGAACAAGAAAAGAGGAAUUCUCUGAAACGGCCCCGCGAUGUAGACCAUAGGCGAGAUGAUCCUUACUGGAAUGAAAGCAAAAAGUUGUCUCUAGAUACAGAUGCCCGAUUCAGCCAUGGAUCGGACUAUUCUCGGCAACAGAACAGAUUUAAUGACUUUGAUCACCGGGAGAGGGGCAGGUUCCCUGACAACUCGGCAGUGCAGUCUUCCUCUUUUGAAAGGCGGGAGCGCUUUGUGGGUCAGAAUGAAGGGAAGAAAGCACGGCCGACAGCACGAAGAGAGGACCCCAGCUUUGAGAGAUACCCCAAGAAUUUCAGUGACUCGAGAAGAAACGAGCCGCCUCCACGGAAUGAGCUGAGAGACCCGGACAGAAGGGAUGUGCGCGGGGAGCGGGAUGAGAGGAGGGCUGUGCUCCUUCAUGACAGGCCUGACCUGGCACCCCCAAGACACACCCGAGAGGCUGGGCCCGCCCCCUCCAGACCCACUUCCUGGAAGGGUGAGGGGGCGCUGGCUGGUGACAAGCGGGACGCCAGAGUGGACAGGCCAGAGCGCUCCAGCAGGGAUGUGUCUGGACAUGGUGUGCGAGGCGGUCCCCCAGGGAGUCGCAGCACUGCCUCAGGUUACGGUGGCAGAGAGAGCGACCGAGGUGUCCUCGCAGACAGGGGCAGCGGAGCCCAGCACUACCCCGAGGAGCGACAUGUGGUCGAUCGCCAUGGACGGGAUGCAAGCGGACCAAGGAAAGAGUGGCACGGUCCACCUUCUCAGGGGCCUGGCUACCAUGACACACGGCGGAUGGGAGAUGGCCGGGCAGGCGCAGGCAUGAUGGGCCAGCACUCGAGUAAUGCCUCUCCAAUCAGCAGACUCGUACAGAUCGGGGGCAGCUCCAUGCCGAGGGGAAGUGGCUCUGGAUUUAAACCGUUUAAGGGGGGCCCUCCCCGGCGCUUCUGAACCCAAGAGCGUCACUGCGGUGUCAAGAUAAUUUAUUGAAAUCUCCUAUAAACUUUAUUUGUUUAAGAAGAGGACCCUCAGGCUUGCUUGAGAGUCCUGUCAGACUUAUUUUCUUUUUUAAAAAAUUUAACAUGAUUGCUUUUCUCAAUUUUAGAGAAGAUGUUUAAAUAGUUCUGUUGUAAUUUUUAAUAGUUUUGUGUACUGUUGACCUUUGGUUUCUUGCAGCACCAAUACACAGUUGAGAAGGUUGGCCUGCAGCCCCCCCCCCCCCCCAGAGCUGCGCGGUCGUGGGCGCGUCCCAUUCACCCCGGGGUUAUUCCUGUCACUGAGCAUUUCAGCCUCCAUGUUGAAGGCUAAGCUUAGAAAGUCUGCUUUUAGAGAUAAGAUGUUCCUUGCAUUUCUGAGUAUUACGUAACCUAUUUUUGCAGAAGGUACUGUUACAUCAAGUGCAUCUGUGUAACCUGGUUAAAAUUGUAAUCUUUUUUGAAAUAAACCUUCAUAUUCUGUAUAGUU